UAGAAAAGAAAAAACGAAAAACAAGAGAAACGUAUUCGGUAUUUAAUUCCAAAUAGCGUACAAAGAGGGGAGCGAGAGAAAGAGAAGGGGGUCGACGAAGCAUCAAACAUGGCAGAUAGUGUUGGAUGCUUAAACCCUCCUAAACCCCUGUAUAAACAAAUUCUCUUUUCACCCUUAUCUUCCCCAAGUCACUAUUCGAAUUUCAGUUAUUGCAACCAUGGAUUCAAAUUGAAAACUGGAUUCCAAGGUUUCUAUGCUUCUUCUUCUUCUUCUUCUUCUUCUUCUUCAUGUUCUUCUUUUGGCGCCAUGGCAACUCCGAACCAUCUUCAUUCUACUUCCGCUUCUUCAAUUGAUGUUUUGAAUAUGGGAAACAAUAAUCCAGAGAUUUCUCAAGCAAUUGAAAGGUCUCUCUCUAAUUGUCUUUCAGAAACCAAUCUUCAUAUCACUAUUCCUUCUAUCAAGUCCAAAACCCGAGGCAAGGUUCGAGACAUAUAUGACUGUGGAGAUGUUCUUGUACUAGUCACAACAGAUAGACAAAGUGCUUUUGACAGAGUUUUGGCUUCAAUUCCUUUUAAGGGACAGGUAUUGAAUGAGACGAGUUUAUGGUGGUUUGAUCAAACUCGUCACAUAACUCCAAAUGCAGUGUUGGCAGCUCCUGAUAAGAAUGUCACUAUAGCGAAAAAAUGUAGCAUUUUCCCCGUUGAAUUUGUCGUGAGAGGAUUUGUCACGGGAAGCACAGAUACCUCAUUGUGGACGGUCUACAAGAAUGGUGUUCGGAAUUACUGUGGCAAUGCCCUGCCAGAUGGCCUUGUAAAAAAUCAGAGACUAGAGAGAAACAUACUUACACCAACUACAAAAGCAGCGGAUCACGAUGUUCCUAUUACUCCACAUGAGAUUAUAGAACAUGGGCUAAUGACUAAAGCCGACUUUGAUGAAGUUAGCACGAAAGCUUUGAGUUUAUUCGCGUAUGGACAGCGUGUAGCAUGGGAGCAUGGUUUGAUUUUGGUGGAUACUAAGUACGAAUUUGGGAAGACAAGUGAUGGCACAAUUGUCCUUGUUGAUGAGGUACACACACCCGAUUCAAGUAGAUAUUGGAUAGCACGUUCUUACGAGGAACGUUUUCGUAAUGGUCUGGAACCAGAAAAUGUUGACAAGGAGUUCUUGAGAUUAUGGUUCAAAGAACAUUGUAACCCAUAUGAAGAUGAGGUUCUUCCGGAUGCUCCUAAAGAACUUGUUUGUGAGCUAGCUUCAAGAUAUAUAUUUCUCUAUGAAACUAUAACAGGCUCCAAAUUUGAAAUUCCCAUCACAGAGAUACCAAUUCAUGACCGAAUCUCUCAAAAUGUAUCAGCGGCAUUGGCAUCUCUGAAGUGAAGUUUCCAUUCAGAAUACCAUGCAUAAUUGCUUUGUGACCGAGUUACAUUCAGGAUGUCGAGCUUCUACAAGGCUUAAAGUUAUUGAUCUUUUCUUUGCUCCUCACAUUUGUGAAUGAAAUUCACUGGUUGUUGUAUUAGAGAACUGUUUUCCCAGUUUUAAUUUGUGCUUUGACAAUGGGAAAGUUGGUGCAAUUAUACUCUGCAUUACACUUCCAUUGUGUUUUACAUCUGAUUCCUUAAUAAAUCCAACUUUUUUUUUUGAUUUUUAUUUUAGAUCAUACGACUAUAUUAUUAAAUCAUAUGCAUUUCUUGUUGACUAAAGUUAUAGAUAAUGUUUGUUAUCAA